AGGGACAAUAAUAGUAUUUUACUUUUAUAUACGGCGCCAAGCAAAUAAGUGCACUCCAUAAAAGUCAUUGUGUCCGUAGCCUUGCUCAAACACAUUCAUUCAACCACAACCAUACACAGACUUCAUUGAGCAUAUCAUGGCAGCUGCUGCUGAUCAUGCUACUCCCACCUAUGACCGUAUGAAAGAGGUUAAGGAAUUCGACGAAUCCAAGAUUGGUGUCAAGGGCCUCGCUGAAUCUGGCAUCACCUCAAUACCCCGUAUGUUCAUUCAUUCACCUGAGGCUCUCUCUGACCUCAAAAAACCCAACUCUCAAACUGGCACCAAAAAAACCAUCCCUUUAAUCGAUCUUUCCCACUUCAACUCCCCCACCGAACGACACCAACUUGUGGAACAAAUGAGAGAUGCCACUUCCACAUGGGGCUUCUUCCAAGUUAUCAAUCAUGGGAUUCCCAAAUCAGUCCUAGACGAAACCAUAAACGCAAUCAAAGCUUUCCAUGACCAACCCCAUGAGGUCAAGUCCAAACUCUAUAACCGUGAAAAGGAGAGGCAAGGGGUUAUGUACUCGAGUAACAAUGACUUGUACCGAGCCAAAGCUGCUAGCUGGCAUGACUCUCUCACGAUUUGGAUGGCCCCAGAGACAAGGCGUGCAAAGGAGGAGGAUAUUCCUGAGGUUUGUAGGAAACAGAUAGUUGCAUGGGAAUCGCAUUCAACAAAGGUGGCUGAGGCUUUGUUGGAGUUACUGUCUGAAGGGUUGGGUGUGGAGGCAAAGAGGUUUAAGGAUUUGGGGUUUUUGGAGGGCAAGUUGGUUGUGGGACACUGCUAUCCCUACUGUCCACAGCCGGAUCUGACGGUGGGAAUCACAUCUCACACAGAUUCAGGGCUGACUGUGUUGUUGCAGAACCAGGUGGGAGGGUUGCAAGUCAAGCAUGGCGACGAGUGGGUUGAUGUGGAGCCCAUCCCUGGAGCAUUGACUGUCAACAUUGGCGACUUCAUACAGAUAAUCUCUAAUGAUAAUUACGUAAGUGUGGAGCAUCGUGUUUUGGCUAAGACAUCUAAAGAGCCUCGUAUUUCAGUCGUGGCAUUUUUCAACGUGGGAACUCAAGCUGAUUCUGAUUACUUUGGACCACUACCAGAAUUAUUGUCACCUGAUAAACCAGCUCUUUACCGCAAAUUCACAGUGCCAGAAUUCAAUGAAAGUUUUUUCAGCAAGGGAUUGGACAGCAAGUCUUUCAUACAGAAAGUUAGACUGUGAAAUAAGAAUUCUUAGAGGACUGGUAAAGUCCAUAUAUAUGAUAUAUGUUGCAUAUUUAUGUACCUGUGUGAAUGGGAUGGAGCCACCCAUUCCUUGCUCAAAAGAAUGUACUUUGCUUGAGGCAUAAUAAAUAAGGCAAAUUCAAGUGCCCCGCUUAAAGCUAAA